AUGGCCAAGAAGAAGAAGAGGAGUGGAAGGAAGUUACUUAAUAUUGGUUUAAGAUCCUCUAGUCCCAAUUCGCUGCACUCUGAGGAUCAAUUUGAUACAAGUUUGGAUGGGGAUGAUGAUGGAUCCAGUUUUAUGGGAUCGACUGGUCCAAAGGGAGAAAAGAUGAAGAAAUCUCUGGAUGAAAUACUGAAAUCUUCUGAUUUCAUGAUAAAUCCGCAACAAUCUCUGCAUCCAACUCAGAUUAAUGGAGUUCAAGCUAGGCAUCUCUAUGGUUCUCAAAUCUCUGGAAAUGGUGCUAACAGAUCCCCUAGGGUUUCCUGGGCUGAAGAGGUGGAAUUUGAAGUAACUUCUUCAGAUUUUCCUCUGAUCCAAGGUUCUUCUUCAAAGUCUAGACUCAAUGCUUCAGUUUCUGAGAUUUCAAAAACUUCGGAUACUGUUACAUUGAUUUCUGAUGUGAGGAAUACUGUAGAAGUCAGAUCUGUUGAUACUAAUGAGGAAAAUGUUCUCACUAAGGACCAUCAACCUGAUUCUGAGGAUGAAUUUGUUAAGGAUAAGAUCAACGAUGUUAUACAGGAGAAAAUUGGGUCUGGAUCCAGCAAAACUUUUGUUAGCCUCGUUUCUGAUAACAGGAAAUCUGGUAAUGGUCUAUCUCUAAGCUUCAUUCCAUCUUCCCUGACCAAUACUGCCUCUUUUACUGCUGAUGAAUGGAAGCAAGGUGAAGAAUUAUGGAAAAAUGCAUUAAUUGGGCAUGUUAUAGGGUUGAAUGUCAAAUUUAAGUCAAUGGAAUCCUAUGUUAAUAAGCUUUGGGGUAAAAUUUCUAUACCUAAGACCUCUCUUAUCAAACAAGGGUUGUUCCUAUUUGAUUUUCAAACUCAAAAGCAAAUGAAUGAUAUUCUUGAGGCAGGGCCUUGGUUUUUUGGAUCUAGACCCUUAAUGUUGAAGCCAUGGAGUAUUGAUACUGAUAUAGAAAAAUUCCAGGACUUCUCCUAUCCAAUGUGGGUCCAAUUUCCAAGAUUAAAGCUCAAUCUCUGGAGCUCAACUGGAAUCAGUAAAAUUUCUAGCCUAAUUGGGAAACCUAUUACUACUGAUAAGCUCACGGCUACUAGACAGAGGUUGAGUUAUGCUAGAGUUUUAAUAGAGGUGAAACUCCCUUUUAAAGAGCCUUUGCCAGAUUCUUUGAAGAUAGAAGGACCUGAUGGAAAAAGUUAUAUGCAGCAAGUCUUUUAUGAAUUUAAGCCUAAGUGGUGUUCUACAUGCUGUAUGGUUGGACAUGAUACUGAACAGUGCAGGAAAAACAAAACUAAGAAAAUGUGGGUUCCUGUUAACAGGCAGACUGAUAAAGCUGCUGAUGGUAAUGUUGUACAUGUAUCUAACCCUGGGCCUAAUAAGGAGUCAUUGCAUGAGAAUGUAAUUACUUCUUUUCCUGGUUCUAUGGAUCAUGUUAUUAGUUCAGCUAAUCAGGAAACAAAAUCUGUUGAGAAACAUGCACAGAAUGGAAAACAUGCACAUGAAGAUUCUGCACAGACAAGUAGGGACUGUGAGGGCAAUUUUGGUUUGAGUCAAAGGGAUACCAUCCCAAUCUCUAACCAGUAUAUGCAAAUGAAUGAUCAUGCCUUAUUCUCAUCCCCAAUAGCUUCUGGCUUUCAACUGAUCAGUCCAACUGUAAAUGCAUCAGGGUUUACAAAUGUGAACAGAAACAACAUAGCAAGGAGAGUAAAUAUUACUGCACCAGUUACUUCAGGUACUCUUCCAUCUCUCUUCUCUCCCCUAGAGCAGCAAAUUUCUGAUCCAUCCUGUGCAGACAGAGCUCUUUUGGAAACUAAGCUCUCUGAAACAAAACUGCAAGGUCUAGCAAAUAAAAUUACCAAAAGCUGGAAAUGGGUCUCUAAUGUACAAGAAGCUGGAAAUGGAAGAAUAUGGAUUCUCUGGGACAAUGAUAUUUUGAAAAUUCAAAAUGUUAUUUUCUCAGAACAAUGUAUUACAUGCACUGUUGAAUCCAGAGAUGGAAGGUUUUUCAGUCUAUGCACUAUUGUAUAUGCCUCAAACCAUUUGGCCAGCAGGAAAAAUCUAUGGAGGGAUUUACUUACCUUAAAGCAAGGUGUUAACAGUCCAUGGAUUAUUGGUGGAGACUUCAAUGCUAUAGCAAGUUGUGAAGAGAAAAUUGGUGGUUUGCCAGUUACAGAAUCUGACACAGAGGAUUUUCAAAACUUUAUUAAUGCUGGUCAGCUGUUGCAUUUAAGAUCUACUGGCUCUUUAAUUACCAUCGAAGAUGAUAUUUCUGAGGGAAAAAGGCCAUUCAAGUUCUUCAAUAUGUGGGUGAAACACCCUGAUUUUAUCUCAACAGUUCAUUCUAUAUGGGAUCAAAGCAGUGAAGGCUACAAUAUGUUCAGAUUUCAUACUAAGCUCAAAAAGCUUAAACAUGCCCUUAAAGAGCUAAAUAAAAAUCAUUUCAUGAAUAUAAGUGAGCAAGUAUGUAGAGCAAAGGAAGAGUUAGCAGAUAUUCAAAAGCAAUUAAAUGAUGAUCUUUUCAACUCAGUUUUGAUUGCAAAGGAAAAAGAAUGCAUCAAGAAAUAUGACAGAUUAAUUGACUGUGAAUCUUCUUAUUUUAAGCAGAAAGCUAACAUUAACUGGAGCUUGCAAGGAGAUAAGGGAUCAAGAUUCUUUCAUUCUAUUAUGAAAAAGAAAAGGCACCUUAACAGAAUUCUGACUCUAUACACUGACAAUGGGUCUAGAAUCACUAACAGAUCUGAAAUUAUUGCAGAAAUCAUCAAUUAUUACAAAAAGAUUAUGGGUACUUCUGUUCCUACUGCAACCCCUGAUCCAGAAGUGAUAGCAAAUGGUCCUCUUCUCUCUUCUGAACAGAGGCAAAUACUCAGUCUUCCAGUUGCUAGAGAGGAAAUUAAACAAACAGUACUUCCUUAA